CUUAACAGGUUUCAUUUCGUUACAGAAAAUUUCAGAGCUCUGAUCUUGGAAAGAAGAAUUGUGAAAAUGGAUGAAGAAUUAGAAUUCAAGCCGUUUCACGAUUCGUACAAGCUGAUAACGUUUGCUUUGAGCAUCGGUAUGAUAUACCCAAAUCCGAAAACCGAGAAAUGGCGGCUGGCUAGUAUACCACUUCUUGUGGCGACGAUCGCACCUCUAGCCAUCUUCGUUUUUAUAGACAUGUAUCGAUGUUGGAUGAUCAAGGAUAUUGUGAACAUCAUCAGGCAUAGCACCGUGAUGGGACCCUUCCUAGGCGGGUUCUUUAAGAUGAUACUAAUGUACCACAAACGAAUCCAAGCAAAACAGAUCUUAGACGAAAUCAAUAGAGACCAUUUAAUGUUCAACGAUUUUGCCGAAAAAUACAAGAACAUUGCUCGCUCCUGGAUUCGCAAUAGUCAAAUAUACAGCGAGAGGGGCUGGGUCAUCACAGUCACGGGUUGCGUAAUGACAUUCCCGGUUAUGGCAAUUGUGCUCAAUGUUUAUAACUUCGCAUUUAAAUCUGAACCGGAGAAAUACAUGAUACAUGACCUUGAGAAACCGUUUUCGGAAUCGGAGGCGAGGUUCGAGAGUCCUUAUUUUGAGUGCAUGUUUAUGUACAUGUUCUACGCGUCGAUACUCUACGUGGUUAACUUCAUCGGGUACGACGGCUUCUUCGGGUUGUCCAUCAACCACGCCUGUAUGAAGAUGGACUUGUAUUGCACCGCUCUAGAAGAUGCUAUGAGGAAUGACGACGAAGUCUGCGGCCGAGUGGUCGCCGUUAUCAAGGAGCAGUGCAGGAUGUUUCGGUACGUGGAUUUAAUUCAAGACACUUUCAACAUAUGGUUGGGGAUCAUAUUCAUUGCGACCAUGAUACAAAUAUGUACCUGUUUGUACCAUAUCACGGAGGGUUACGGUUUCGAUCUAAGGUACAUGAUAUUUGUGACUGGUGCAGUAAUACACAUAUAUUUGCCAUGCCGGUAUGCAGCCAAAUUGAAGGCUCUGUCCUUGGACACCGCCUGCCGUUUCUACAGCUGCGGCUGGGAGCGGGUGGAAGACCAGCGAGUCCGAAAGAUGGUAUCGUUCAUGAUUGCGCGCGCGCAGGUCCCGAAUGAAAUCACCGCUUUCAACAUGAUGGCUUUCGAUAUGGAAUUAUUUCUUUCGAUUCUCCAGUCAUCGUACUCAAUGUUCACUCUUCUUAGGUCUUAAAUCAGUCACAUCUUUGCAACGUUUUCGCUUAUAUUUUUAAAAUACUAUCUUGCACGAUGAUUAUUUAUUAAAGAUAGACGCUUGACUAAGUUUUUUAUUAAGUAAAUAAUUUUAGUGUUUCUUAUUACUUACAUUAAAUAUACAAGACAAUAUGUUUGUAUGGGUCACACGGACCCCACCACUCUGGACCAAAGAGGUUAGGGCUUAGAGGUUAGAGUUAGAGGCACACGGGCCACCGGCCACAACUACAAAACGCCGCUACAGGCAUAUUUAUUGUAUAUAUAUAGGGAAUAGCCGCAUAACGUUGAAGCUAGUGGUCGCCACACACAACAAGACACUGCUCGCUCUUCUAUACAAACUGCGUAAAAGCACAGGAACUAUGCCAGUAGCGGCGUUUUGUAGUUGUGUGCGGGAGCCCUAACCUCUUUGGUCCAGAAAUUGAAUAAAAAAAUGCGGACAACAUCACAUACAUUGUUCUGAACCCAAAGUAAGUUGCUAAUGCA